AUGGCGGCCGCGAACGCUACCGAGAGGCUCGACCUCAUUCGCGAGAACCUCGCUGAGGUUUUGAACCCCGAGAUCAUUGAGAAGAUCCUCGCCGAGGGCAGAAACCCAAAGAUUUACUGGGGCACUGCCACUACGGGUCGUCCACACUGCGGCUACUUUGUCCCUGCCAUCAAAAUCGCCCAGUUCCUCGCCGCAGGCUGCGAUGUCACAAUCCUCCUCGCCGACAUUCACGGAUUCCUCGAUAACUUGAAAGCCCCCAUCGAGCUAGUUGAACAGCGCGUCCACUUCUACCGCUAUGUCAUCACAGCCAUCCUCGAAGCGGUCGGCGUAUCGACCGAGAAAUUGCGAUUCGUCCAAGGAAGCUCUUACCAAAAGAGCUCCGAGUACGUCAUGGACCUCUACAAGCUGACUUCUUUGGUAUCUGAGCACGAUGCCAAGAAAGCCGGCGCUGAGAUUGUCAAGCAGACUGCGAAUGCGCCACUCAGCGGUCUGCUCUACCCCAUCCUGCAGGUGUUGGAUGAGCAGUACCUCGACGUUGAUGCGCAGUUCGGUGGUUUGGAUCAGAGAAAACUGUUUACAGCGGCCAAGGAGUGGCUACCCAAGAUUGGAUACAAGGAGCGCGCACAUUUGCUGAACCCCAUGGUUCCUGGCCUUCAGGGCGGAAAGAUGAGUUCCAGCGAUCAAGACAGCAAAAUUGAUCUCCUCGAUGCCCCCGAAGUUGUUGCCAAGAAGAUUAAGAAAGCCACAGCGGCACCACAAGUCGUCGAAGACAAUGGUGUUCUCGCUUUUGUGGAAUUCGUCUUGCUGCCUGCAUCUGGUCUCAAGGGCGGAAAGAGGGAAUUCAAGGUCGAUCGCGAACGGGACGGUCUUGAGCCUCUCGUUUAUGGCAACAUUGCGCAAAUGCAGGAUGACUACAGAAAUGAUGUGCUCACUCCUCAGCUACUGAAACCAGCCGUAGCCAAGGCCCUGAAUGAGCUGCUGUCACCCAUUCAGGCUGCCUUCCAGGCGUCCAAGGACUGGCAAGAGGUUGCUCUCAAGGCUUACCCGCCGCCAGUGAAGAAGGAGAAGAAGGUCAAAGAUAAGGGAUCGCGCCACCCUGGUAAGGCAGCAGUCGAUGCCACUGUCCAGGCCAAUGGGUCUGCCGAUGCAAAGAUUGAUGGCGCUGCGGCUGGGGUCGAAAAGCUGAGUGUAUGA